CUACACCCAAUUGCUUGUUUUGUCAAUCAAAAGGGACGACUGCACGAUUUCUCUCGCGAAACGAACACCGAACUCUACUCUGGAGGAGGUUCGAGGACAUAGCUGGAUAAGACAGAAAUAGGAUUCUACUGUAAAUACUCAACGUAACACACACUAAUCAAAAUGGUUAUUGGAUUCCUCAUACGCUCCGGUUUGGUUGUCGGUGCUGUCUACUAUUCCAAGAAAUUGGGUGUUUGGGGCAGUCCAGAAGAAUCGGAGAAAUUCUAUAAUUGCGUUAAAAGUCAAUUGCGUCCUCAUGUCCAGAGUCUGGAAAAACAAUUGCCAUUUGAGGUUCCCUCACUGCCACAGACCGGGGAGGUACGCUUCCUGGCCAAACAUUACUACAAUCAGGGUGUGAAGAACACAUUCCAUUUCAUUGAAAUGCUUCCUUGCUAUGCUGGUCAAUUGGCAAAGAAAACUAAAGACACAUUCAAUGAAUUUGCCCAACCACCACCAAAAUCGUCGAACUGAGGGGCUAGCCGAGACGCUAGUUUGGCCGGUGUUAUGUCCAGAUGUUAAUGUUUAUAGCUAGAUUGUUUUUUUUUUCUUAGUGAAUUGGUACUUAUGAAAUAGAUGUGUUUCGAGAAAUUGUACUCCCAACAAUGUGUGCAGUGAUCAACUACCCGAUUCCUCGUAAAUAAAACAAAACAAUGUCUCUUGUGGUAUUAACAUUAAGAAAA